UGUAAGAUAUUCCUUCAGUGUACCUAUAACCUUGAAGUUUUUAAACUUUUUAAAUGACCAUUCGACUGACUUCGAAUUAUAAGUAUUAUUAAGUAUUAAAUAAUCUUAUUUGGAACAUCACUUUUAGCAUAUGCACGAAAUUACGUGUGCGAUACGUGUUCAUGCGUAAAAAUACUACGCAUAUAAUUACCAGAAAGUCUUCAGUAACUUUGAAUAACUUAUUGUAAAUACGACUACAAUUUAAAACACAAUAACAAGUUAUAAGAGCUUGAAAGAAUUAAAACAGUGCUAAGUUUAUGCAUGAGUUUUGCAUGAGUUAGUUCUGCAUGUAUUGAGUAGUUUUUAAUAUCAAGUAGCUCUCUCAAACGAUAAGAAAUCAAGAAUGUGUUUAGAGUGCAACGACACUUCUGUCAUUUUUUAUCUCGUGGAUGCUCUCACGAAAAUCAGUUGAAAAAAAAGUUCCAACAAAGUAAUGACGUUUCGCUAUUAUGAGAACAAUCAGCUGUAGCCAUUGCGGGGAUCCAAGUGAAAUCUAAUUAUCGUUGAUUAGAUACAUGAAAAAAGAAAGCAGUAUUUAAACAAUUUGAAAGGUUAUCUUGAUAUUUUCUUUUACUGAUUAUUUUAUGAGAAUUUCGUAAUAUUAUAUAAGAUACAUCUGGGUGACUCAAAAACAAGAGUAAAAAAUAUGAUAUUGACAUCAAGUUGGUCUUGAAGGAAUUUGGAAUUAGUAUCUAAACUUGUUGACUCAUUGUGAUUUCAAUGCAGAAAUUUCUAGCUGUCAAAGUGAAUGACCAUGUUUAGCUUUGAAGGAGACUAUAGGCGCAAGCCACAACAAAACUUAGCUGGAGCUAGUCGAAGAGAUGAAAAAGCCACUCUACUAAAACAUGCUCAACUUGAAAGAAUAAAGCGUGAACAGCAAAGAAAAAAACAUAAUUCAACUGUUAAAAUUCAAGCAUUUGUUCGCAGCUUCAUUGUGCGUCAAAGAAUAAAAAAGUAUCAAAGAUGUGAAUUUGACCAACUACAACAAGCUAUUAGUUCACAACCAAUUAAUUCAGAUAAAUUAGUUCCAUUAGUAAAGAAAUUGAUAUUUUUUUAUGAUUAUAAAUAUGAUGGCAAUAGAUUGAUAUGGCUUUUGCAAAAUAUUAUUAAACUACAAAAAGAAAUUAAAACUGGCACCAAUUCGGCUUCCAAGUGGUUUUGGAGAAUAAGAUGGCUUCUAAAAAUAUGUAUGAUGUAUAGUCUUCAAACUGUUCAGGAUAAUUCGGCUCAAUCUAUAGCUGUGCCACUAAGAAUUUUAGAAAUUUUUACUACCCUUGAUGCAAAUGAAAAAAUUAUGGAAUGUGAAUCUGAUAACUACUUGAAAGAUAUUUUUGCUUAUUUGGUAAAAAACCAAUAUUUUCAACAAGUUAAGCAGCUAAUAGAUGCUAAAGUUCCUUCCAAUAUUGACCCUUCACCAGUACCACCAACUCCAAUGGCAAAAUGGUUUUUGGAAAUGAUACAACGGCCUUUAUGCAUUGUGAACAGACUGAAUGAUGCUAAUGAUUUUUGUUUUCUAGUUUUACAUGAAUUUUAUGCAAGUAUACUUGCACCUAAAGUAACUGAAACAAUUUCAAAUUUUGUCAUUCCUGCACUGAAAGAGUUUAAAGAACUUCCUUAUCACAAAUUAAUAUCAUGCAUUAAUGCUGCUGAAGUACAUACAUCGAUUAGUUCAUUUUAUGCUAUUCUUCAUUUGGAGCCUUCAUCUUUUUCUCCAGGUAAAUCAAAAUCUAUUUUGAUGGACUAUCUUCAAGUACUUGCUACACUGAGUGGAACCAUAAAUCCUCCACCUAAAGAUCAAAAACCAAAUUGUAAAGAUAAAGAUGACUCAGGCAGUGAUAGUGAUUCUGAAAUACCAGAUACAAGUGAAACAGAAGCAAUUCGUAGUUGCAUUGAAAUGUUGAAUGAAGAACAUCGUGUGCAAAGUAUUAUUGUUGCUGUUGAACAAAGUGAUGAUCCAACGUUUAUGCAACCUCUUUGCCAGCUGUGUCAUAAUUUACUGAUAACAAACAAAAAUGCUAUUCACAAGUACAAAUUAUUAUAUAUGCUUGCCUUCAAACCAAAUUUCCUUCGUCAAUUAUGGAGCAAUUUGUUAACUAUAAGUCAGACUUCUUUAUUUGGAGGAUCAACUCCUUAUCUACACAUCAUAUCAAGAGGCAUAGCUCUUUCAGCUGAAGAUACUAAAAAAGUUUUACCACUUUUAGCUGUAUUUUGUUCACUCUUCAGUCUACUAAUAGCUACUUUACAUGACAAUGAGUUCUUUAUUGAACCUAAUGGUGUAGAUUCACUCAUGUCAAAUAAUUCUGAUAAAAGUCAGCAAGCGAUGCCUUUUACCACUUAUGAUUUAGCCAUUCUCAGUUCUCAUUUGAAGGGAGUAUGUCUUGGCUUAGUGGAACUGGCUUUUCCAGAUGCUAGAUUUUCUGUCAGAGAUGAUUACAAAAAUGCUGUGUUAGGACCUUCCACAACAAUGUCUGCUAAUUCACAAAAUACUCAUUUAUGGGCUCAUUUAUUCAAGGUAACAGUGAGUUUGAUACGUCAAUUACACACACGUGAUCUUCGACGUCAGUUUUGCCCAGAUGGUCAUUGGAUAGCAUCAAAUAUAAUGAUUCCUCUUCACAAGCCCGAAGAUUUUAAUCUUCGCCGUCGUCGUCUACGGAAUAUUGUACCUUUUCAAACUCUUCGAGCUUUCACUCGAGAAGAGAUUGAAGAUGGGCCACCAUUGUCGACAAAGGAAGUACGAACUUUGACGCUUUUGCGUGAAAUUCCAUUUGUUGUGCCAUUUAACGAUCGUGUCAUCGUUUUCCAAUCCCUAAUCAAUCGAGAUAAAUGCGAACAGCAGGGAGAAUUAUCACACUUUAUGCAAGGGCCCUCAAUUCAUAUUUCCGUUCGAAGAAAUUAUCUAUACGAGGAUGCAUUUGAUAAACUGUCUCCUGAAAAUGAGUCUGAAAUGAGAUUAAAAAUGCGUGUGCAAUUAGUCAACGCAGUUGGUCUUGAAGAAGCAGGUGUUGAUGGAGGAGGACUAUUUAGAGAGUUCUUAUCAGAAUUGCUUAAAACCAGUUUUGAUCCUAAUCGAGGCUUUUUUAGACUGACUAAGGAUAAUAUGCUCUAUCCAAAUCCCACAGUACACAUGCUGGUUGAUAAUUUUCCAAAACAUUAUUAUUUUAUUGGUAGGAUUCUGGGAAAAGCUUUGUACGAAAAUUUAUUAGUAGAGUUACCAUUUGCUGAGUUUUUCUUGUCAAAGAUCGUUGGAAGACAAUCGGACGUGGAUGUUCAUCAUCUUGCAUCUCUGGACCCUAUCAUGUAUAGGAAUUUAUUAUAUUUAAAAAGUUACAAAGGUGAUGUGACAGAUCUUGGUUUAGAUUUUACAAUCUUAUCAGAUGAAUUAGGUGAAAGACGAGUUGAUGAAUUAAAACCUGGUGGAGCCAAUAUCACCGUGACUAAUCAUAACCGAAUAGAAUAUAUUCAUUUAAUGGCUGAUUAUAAGUUAAAUAAGCAGAUUCGCGCUCAAUGUAAUGCAUUUAAACAGGGCAUUGGUAAUGUUGUACCACUUGACUGGCUACAGAUGUUUAACAAUAAAGAACUCCAAGUUUUGAUUUCCGGCGCUCAAAUUCCCGUUGAUGUAAAGGAUCUCAAACAACAUACAAAUUAUACCGGUGGAUAUGCACCAGACCACCCAACAAUCAUUAUAUUUUGGAAAGUUGUUGAAGAAUUUGAUGAUCAACAAAAAAGUCAGUUACUCAAAUUCGUCACAAGUUGUAGUAGACCUCCUCUUCUAGGAUUUAAGGAACUAGAUCCUCCUUUUUGUAUUCAACAUGCUGGGAGCAUUGAUAGAUUGCCAACAUCUAGUACUUGUAUGAAUCUUUUAAAACUUCCUGAAUUUCCAGAUGAAAAACUGUUAAAAGAAAAAUUAUUAUAUGCCAUUCAAUCUGGUGCUGGAUUUGAACUCAGUUAAAUUAGAUUUUUACUUGUUGAAUAUUCCUUUGAAUACUCUUCAUUGGAUUAAAUACUUUAGCUGUAAGUUGUUCAAAUAUGUAA